AUGUCCGCUGAAGGAGUUCUACAGCAGUUCAUUGAAGGCCUUCUAACAACAAAGUUGUUAUGCUAUUCCGAGUUUCAACAUUUAAUCAAGACACAUAAUGAGGAAGUUCAAGAGGAAGACAUCCAAGAGUGGUACAAUAUGUUCCAAAGCAAUGAUGGAAUGCUACUGAGGAACACUUCUUCAACAAUGAACACACUAAUGAGGGACUUAGAAAGUGCGGACAUAAAUGACUUGAAGGAGUUUCAGGCAAAGGAUAAUUUUUCGUUAGAUGAGUUGGUCAACAAUCUGUACAGCGUUGGAACCGUGCUGGACACCCAGCUAUCACAAGUUAACGUUAGUAUUGAGAAGGAAACUGUAGCUUUGGCGUUAUUUGAACAAGAGGUUGCGACGUGUACUGAGACGAGGGGCAAUGGUUCGUCAAUCAAAGAACUAUUAUACACUUUAAACAAAUAUGAAAAAACUGUCGAGGCAAUAACUGCCAACAACAAGAAGUAG